AUGGGAAAUUUUGCACAAUUUAAUAGAGAAGCAAGUCAAAAUAGUGGCAGACAUGAUGGAUCUGAUUUAAAAGUGGGUCAACACUUUGUGAGUAAGGAUGAUUUGAGUUAUUAUCUUAGCAUCAUCGCCAUUAAUGGGAGAUUUGAAAUGCGAACAACCAAAUCAACCAAGUCUGUAAAGGAGGUUCGUUGUAUUAGUGAAAAUUACUCAUGGAGAGUCCGUGCUACAAAGAUGAAAGAUUCACAUUUCUUUGUCAUUCGACAAUACUAUAGUCUUCACAGUUGCUCAUUAAUGAACCGAAAUGCCAAUCAUAGACAAGCAUCUAGUUGUGUUAUUAGUUCUCGUGUACAGGGACACUUUAAGAAUAGUAAAGACCCACUCAACCCAAGAAGCCUCGCAGGAUUCAUGCGUGAGGAAAUGAAAGUUCAAGUCAGAUUUUGGAAAGCUUGGAAAGGAAAACAGUGGGCUCAAAAUUUGAUUAGAGGAACGGCCAAAGAAAAUUUUUCCUUGCUCCCUUCGUAUUGUCACAUGUUGAAGCGGGCAAAUCCAAGUACAGUUACCCACAUUGAACUUGAUUCAGAAAAUAAGUUCAAGUACUUUUUAAUGGCUUUAGGUGUGGCCAUAAGAGGGUUCACUUACAUGAGGAAAGUAAUUGGUAUUGAUGCGGCUUUGAUCAAAACUAAGCAUAAGGGUGUGUUAUUAGUAGCAACUACACAAGAUAGUGAAUAUCAUACUUACCCCAUUGCAUGGGGUUUGGUUGACAGUGAGAAUAACGCUUCAUGGACAUGGUUCUUAGAGAAGUUGAAGGAGUUGAUACCUGAUAGCUUAGACUUAUGUUUUAUUUCUGAUAGACAUCAAAGUAUCAAACAUGCAGUUCGUCAUGUUUAUGUUAUGGCUUCUCAUGGGGCAUGUUAUUGGCAUGUAAAACAGAAUAUAAAACACUGUUUCAAAAGUGCUGCAGUGACUAAAUUGUAUAAGAGAGCUGCAAUAGCGUACCGUAUCGAAGAGUUUAAUAAACACUUCGACCAACUUCGCAAAAUAUAUCCAUGUGUCGCUAAGUAUCUUGAGAAUGAUGUCAAGUUUAGAAAGUGGUCUAGAGCACAUUUUGGUGGUAAUCGAUAUGAAGUCAUGACCACUAACAUAGUUGAGUCAGUGAACAAUUUGAUGCGAAAGGCAAGAGAGUACUCUAUUAUUUCUAUGACCGAUUUUAUCAUAAGCACGAUGGGACAAUGGUUCCUGGAACGUCGACGGGAAGCAUAUGUAGUGACAACUCCAUUGACACCGAGGAGGGAAGAAAUAUUACGUAAAAGAUGGGAUGAAGUCGGUUCAUUGAUAACUCUCCAGUUAAAUGAGAAUGAGUACAAUGUGAUGUGUGGAGAACUCGAUUCAAUAGUAAAUUUAAGGUCAAAGAGUCGCACGUGCAAAGUUUUCAAUAUUGAGAACCUUCCAUGUAUCCAUGCAAUAGCAGCAGCAGGAAAGGCACAAGCCCAAAAUACUGGGGAACUCAUAUAUUCUAUGUGUUCAAAAUACUACACGUCAGAAUAUUGGUUAUUAGCAUAUGCUGAAACUAUUUAUCCUGUUCUUCCAAACUCACAAUGGACCGACAUUCCUGAAGAUGUUAUUGCAGUACAAGUGAUAUCACCUCCUGAAGACAAGACUAAAGGAAGACCAAAAAUCAAUCACAUACCUUCCCAAGGUGAAGUCCCUAAGAAAAAAUAUAAUUGUGGAGCAUGUGGACAAUCAGGACAUAAUUCAAAAAAAUGUCCUAGUCGACAAGUGCCAUCAGAUGUUAGAAGCACAACUCAUGUGUGA